AUGUCAAGAGUAGUAAUAAAAUUCUAUUUAAAUGGAAAAUGUAUUUCAACUAAACCAAUGAAUUCACAAGACAAUUUGAAAACAGUUAGAGAGAAAUUAAAAGAAAAGAUAUCUGACUCUCAACAAUUUCUAUCAAAAGAUGGAGAUUUAAUUGAUAUAGAUGGAGAAGAUUCAUUUACUGUAGGAGAUGUAAUUGAUUCAUCAAGAAUAAUAAAUAUCAAAGAAACAGGAGAUAAAAAAAGAAUAAAAUUAAAAUUAAAUGAUGAAAUAAUUAGCACUGUUCAAGUAGAUACUAAAACAAAGAUAAGUGAUAUCAGAAAAUCAAUUCAAAAUAUUCUAGAAUCUGCACAUUUUUAUACACUUGAUAAUGAAAUAAUUGAAAAAGAAAAUGAAGAACAAUUUUUAGUAGAAGAUAUAAUAAAUAAUGAUGAAAUUAAUCUUAAAAAUGAGAAAGAAAAUACACUAAAAAAGGAUAUUGUAACUGUUAGAAUAUAUUUAAAUGGAAAACCAUUAAUAAAAAAUGAAUUCAACAAGAACUCUUCUCUUUCAGAUAUAAGAAAGAAAAUUGAAUUUGUAAAACAUGUUCCAAAAGAAUUUGUAUUUGAAGACCAAGAAGGAUUUAAAAUACUAACUGAUAAAGAACAAAAAAUAAAAUUAACAUCUAUUCUUUAUGAUAAUAAGAUCAAUAUAACAAUAGAAGUGUCUGACACUUCUCUAAAUGAUACUACAAUUAUAUCUGAACCAAAUAUUCCAAUUAAAGGAAGUAAAAGAUUGGAAAAUCAUGAAAAAGGAAAAUUGAAAAUAUAUUUAUAUCCAAAUGAACCAUUUAAUCCAAAGGAUGAAAAUGAUGCAAUUGCUAUUUUAGUUGUUGGACAAACAGGAAGUGGUAAAACAACAUUAUUAAAUAGUUUUAUAAAUGCAUUACAUGGAAUCAAGAUAACAGAUGAUUUUAGAUAUAUAAUUAUAAAUGAAGAUAAUUUAAAACAUAAUAGAGAUCAAUCUAAAAGUCAAACAACCAAAGUAUCAAUUUAUAAUAUUAAAAGAACAAAAAGAGCGCCACCAAUAAAAAUAAUAGAUACACCUGGAUUUGGAGAUACAAGAGGAAUUGAACAUGAUAAAGAAAUUAUUAAACAAAUCAAAGAAAAAUUUGAAACAGAAGUAUUAGAUUUAAAUGCUAUUUGUUUUGUUGCAAAAUCAAGUAAUGCAAGAUUAACACUAAAUCAGCAGUAUAUAUUUGGGAAUAUUAUUAAUUUAUUUGGGAAAGAUAUGAAAAAGAAUUUUAUUGCAAUGCUUACAUUCUGUGAUGGUAAAACACCACAAGUUAUUAAUGCACUACAAUCGCAAGAUUGUAUUUUCAGUACAAUUAUUCCAUACAUAGAUAAACCAUGGUAUUUAAAAUUCAAUAAUUCAGCUAUUUAUUCAGAUAAUACUGAAGAUUUAUUUACACAAAUGUUUUGGAAAUUAGGUAUGAAAAGUUUUGAUGAAUUUAUUGAAAAAUUAAUAAAAUUACCAAGAAAAUCAUUAGAAAAAUCCAGAGAAAAUGAAAUAGAACAUUAUUGUGAACAGUUCUAUUUGAAUCGUGAUAAAGUUAAUAAUAAUCAAAAUUUUACUUUUCCUGUAAACAUAAUAGUACAAAAAAAGGUUGACUUAAAAAGAGGAGAGUAUGUAACUAAUUGUUUAGUAUGUAAUAGAACAUGUCAUUAUCCAUGUUAUAUUGAAGGAGAUAUUAAAAAACGUUGUUAUUGCAUUGGUGAUAAUGAAUGUUGUAAUGUAUGUAAAUGUCAUUAUACACAUCAUGCAAACUCAUCAUACAGAUUUGAGUAUAUAACAGAAACAAAACAACAAACAGCACAAGAAAUAUUUGAAAGAUAUAAUGAAGGUAAAGAAGGUGUGGCUAGUGCAGAAAAUUUGUUAAAAAAGUUAGAAGAAGAAUAUUAUAAAAUUCAAAUGGAUUGUUAUGAUAAAGAAGUAGAAAUUAUAGAAUGUAUUAAUAGAUUAUCAUCAAUUGCAUUAAAUGGUAAAAUUAAUAGUUCUAAUGAAUAUUUAGAUUUAUUAAUUGAAUCAGAAAAUGAAGAAAAGAAAACAGGAUAUAAAGAAAGAAUUGAAGGAUAUAAAGAACUAAAACAAACAAAUCAAAUAAUAGAUGAUGUUAUGAAAAAUUCAAUAACAAAAAAGAGUAAGGAAGAAAUUAUGAAUGAACUUAAACAAAGAAAGAAUGACAUAAAAGAAGGACAAAAAUCAACAUUAGAUAAAAAUUGUUCAGAAUGUGUUAUUUGCUGA